UUGGUCUUUAGGUGGAUGCUUCUCUUCUUUCUUUCUCUGGUAGUGAGGCUUCUAGAACAACGACAACCGAUUUUCCGGCUCAAAGGCCCUGUCAUAUUGUCAAGCCUGAGAAAGCCUAGCCCGCAAGCUUGCUUCACCUUCACUUCCUUCCGUAUCUGAUUCUUAGUCUGCUCUAAGGGCAGCCAGUGACUUGAGGUCUUCUGGAGUGACUCUCGGGUAAUUUCAGUGGUUCAGCUCUGGUUCAAAAAUUUAUAUAUACUGGCAGUCUGCACUACAGUAAGCCAAUAACAGCACCAAAAAUUAAAAAACCUAGCGUCUCCUAGCGCCUCUCUUUCUCAAAGUCCUUCCAGUUCCAAUUUCCAAAUUCAAAACAAACCAUCUCUGCAACAUUUAAGUAACUUACCAUCCAGUGUUCCAUCUCUCCAAUUUCCAUUUCUCCGUAACUUACCAAAUUCCACUUUUGUACAAUCUACCUCUCUUUCCAUCUCUCCAAUUUCCAUCUGGGUGGAAAAGAAUUAUAUCUGCAAAUUGCAACCUACUGAUGGGCAAGUGGAGCCCUUGAUCCAAAGAUCAGCACAUCUGGUGAUGUUGUUACAUCAGUGAAAAGGGGUGUAUGGGCAGUGAUUGCAGACUUGCAGUUUUUCUUGGUUAUUGCUUGCAGGCCCCCUCGACGUAGAACAACCCGCCAGUUGUUGCUGUUCCUUGGAGAGAGAGAGAGAGAGAGAGAGAAGAUUUUUUUAGCGAGAUGGUGACUUCUACUUAGAUGGGUCUCAUAGUCAGUGCUGCAUGUACAGUUACUGCUGCUACUACUAAUAACUGCAACAACUGUUUUCCCAUUUUCUUCUCUCAGUCAGAAAUCUUGAGCACAAAACCCUAAUCCAAGACGAAUUCAACAAACUCUAAGGAGGAGGAGGAGUCAAAGCAAGCAUGACUAACAAAAUUGCUGAAAAAAGAAGACAGCAAGAAGAAGAUGAUGAAGAAGAUGGUGAUCUCGACGGUUGGGGAGAGAGAAAUUAUUCUGAUGAGAGAUCUUGGGAAGCUUUACAAGAGGAUGAGUCUGGGCUCCUUCGUCCUUUGGAUAACAAAGCGAUGUACCAUGCUCAGUAUCGCCGUCGCCUUCGUUCUCUUUCUACUGCUUCUAAUUCCCAGCGUAUUCAGAAAGGGCUCAUUCGCUUUCUCUACGUUGUCCUAGAUCUCUCAAGGGCUGCAUCGGUGAUGGAUUUUCGACCAAGCAGAAUGGCUGUGGUUGCGCAAAAUGUUGAGGCGUUUAUAAGGGAGUUUUUUGAUCAGAAUCCACUUAGUCAGAUUGCUUUGGUUACUAUAAAAGAUGGGGUUGCUUAUUCUUUAACGGAGCUUGGUGGGAGUCCUGAGUCUCAUAUUAAGGCUUUGAUGGCUAAGCUGGAAUGUUCAGGUGAUUCGUCACUACAGAAUGCAUUGGAGCUUGUUCAUGAGUAUCUUGAUAAAAUUCCAUCAUAUGGUAAUCGUGAAGUUCUCAUCUUAUAUUCUGCCCUUACGACCUGUGAUCCGGGAGAUAUAAUGGAGACAAUCCAGAAAUGCAAGAAGUCUAAAAUGAGAUGCUCAGUUAUUGGCCUCUCUGCUGAAAUGUUCAUAUGCAAGCAUCUCUGCCAAGAAACUGGUGGAUUGUACUCUGUUGCUUUGGAUGAGAGCCACUUUAAAGAGUUAAUAUUGGAGCAUGCACCCCCUCCUCCGGCAAUAGCAGAAUUUGCAAUAGCUAACUUGAUCAAGAUGGGUUUCCCACAAAGAGCAGCAGAGGGUUCCAUCUCGAUAUGUUCUUGUCAUAAAGAAUCGAAAGUUGGUGAGGGGUAUAUUUGUCCAAGAUGUAAAGCGCGUGUGUGUGAGCUUCCUACCGAAUGCCGUAUUUGUGGGUUGACACUUGUUUCUUCACCCCAUUUAGCAAGGUCGUACCAUCAUCUCUUUCCCAUAGCACCAUUUGAUGAGGUGAAACCAUCACGUCAAAAUGAACCACAUCGUAGAUCACAGAAAACUUGUUUUGGUUGCCAACAAAGCCUUGUCAAUCCUGGCAAUAAACCCAGCCUUCAAGUUGCUUGUCCAAAAUGCAAACAGUACUUUUGCCUUGACUGUGACAUUUACAUUCAUGAGAGCCUGCACAAUUGCCCAGGUUGCGAGAGCCUUAGAGCUUCAUAGUCAGGCACCGCUGCAUCGGUAAUGAAGAAUGAAAAACUAUUGCCACUUGAGUGUUCUACUUUUCUUCUGCCAUAUGGAUAUGGCAUGCUCUUACUGCUAUUCCUUCAAACACAUCCAAGCAAGUUCAGAUUUUUUUUUCCUUUUCAUGUAUGGCGUGGUCACCAUUGCAACACGGACAGAUACCUAACUUGACUGGUCAGGCAAGUAUUGUCGCGAUGCUUUCUUGAGCGCGGAUACUUGGUUUUACAGAUAGGGCUGUUGAGCGGAGCUUAGCUCACGUCCAUUGAAUAUGUAAUCAAAGAAUUCAUAGGCCACAUGCGUCACGCGGAUUGCAAUCUUUCACAUGACAUGUGAUUCCAUCAUGGUUGUAGCCAUAAUUGGUCACUUAAAAGUGCUUCUUAGGUGACUAGAACCCUCUCAUGUUAGAACUUGUACGCCCCUUUUUCCCGAGGGUGCAUUGGCUUUAUUUGAUUCACAGAUAUACCAUGUCAUAGAAACAGCACAUACCUUUCAGGAGUUUUGGGUAAUUUUUUUUGUAUCCAAUCAGUGACUCAAAAAGAACUAGGGUAUCGUAUCUUAAUUCCUCAAAUUUUACUGAUUGGUUGGAGUAAAAGAAAAUCUUACUCUUC